AUGGAGGACGACUGGAUCUUUCUUGGUGACGGCACCGGCAGCGGGGGCGACAGCGACAGCGCCUCCGCCUCCGACGACGACAGCGGGUUCACGAUCGUGCGGCGGGGCCGCAAAGGCGGUGAUCAGCGCAGCGUCGUCGCCAGCGACGACGCGCCGGCGCCGGCGCCGCGCGUGGCGGCGGUGGCCGUGCCACCGCAACCGAUGCCACCCGGGCUCUCCUUCAAGUUGGUGUCUUACAGCGAGGCGUUCGUCUCUUCUUCUUCCGAGGACGGCGGCGGUGGCCGCGAGCAGCGCGCCGGGGAAGCCGUCAUCCAAGGCGCUGGCAUCGACGACGACGCGGCUGGAACUGGAAGCACAGACGAGUGCACCGUGACGUGCAAGGAGGGAUGCGAGUCUGGUGAGGUUGGCGAGCACGAUGGCACGGGGAGCUCUGUGGAGGUGCCUUCGGUCGCCGUAGCGGCCGCGCCGACGGUGAACUGUCCGGAGACAGCUGCUCCUGUCUUGCACGGCGCCGAGGCGCACUCGGACUCGGAGUUGGCGAGCGGGAUGGACGUGGACCAUGGCGGUGCUGAGGAGGUGGAGGAUGAAGACUCUGUGAGCUGUGACGAAGAGGAUGACGAGGAGGAGGACACGGACAGCUCUAGCGAGGAGGACACGGACAGCUCUGGCGAGGACGAAGACGAGGACAUGUUCAGUUCUAGCGACGAAGAAGAGGACACGUUCAGCUCAGGCGACGAGGAAGACGAGGACGCGUUCAGCUCAGGCGACGAGGAGUACACAGAGAGCUUUAGUGAGGAGGAGUACACGGCGGAGAUCUAUAGUGACGAGGAGGAGGACGACGACGACGAUUACGCAGAGUCCUCUGGCGAGGAAGAAGAGGAAGAUGGCUCGGAGUGCUCCGGCGAGGUGGAUGACGUGGAGAGCAUUGGCGAGGAGUCGCAUGACGCGGACAACACUGGCGAGGAGGAGGAGAGUGACGCGGAGUGCUCAGGCGAGGAGGAUGACGUAGAGAAUUAUGGCGAUGAAUCGGACGAUCCUGAGAGCUCUUGCGCGGACUCGGAUGACGACGCCGAGAGCUACGGCGAGGAGGAGGACGACGACGAAGAAGAAGACGCAGAGAACACUUACGCGGAGGAAAAAGAAGAAGAAGAGGAGGAGGACACGGUGAGCGCUAGCGAGGAGGAGGAGGAGGAGGAGGAGAGCAGUCACGUCGUUCAUGUAACGGAGAACGGCACAAAAGACAUCUUUGACAUGCUGUUGCCCAGGACAAAAAAGACCAACGCAGAGCAGGGUGCAGCCAACGCCAACGGGGCAGUGAAGGAGCGCUCGGAGUCCUUUCCUAGCAAGUACGAUGACAUAGACACCGACGGUACUGGUUCUGACAUGGAUACCGACAGCUCUGGUUCUGGUUCUGACAUGGAUACCGAUAACUCUGACAUGGAAGAUGACGAUUGCUUGGAGUCUGAUGAGGAUGACGACAUUGUUAAUGUAGCAGAGAACGGCAACCAAUCCAUCUUUGAUAUGCUGUUUCCCAAAGCUAAGGCAUGCGGCGCCAACAUGGAUGAUUAUGAGGACGAGAGCGAGCACGGCUACAUCGACUAUGAGGCAGAGGAGGACGAGGACGAGGAAAUGGAUACCGACAGUUCUGACAUGGAAGAUGACGAUUGCUUGGAAUCUGAUGAUGAAGAUGACAUUGCUUAUGUAGCAGAGAACGGCAACCAAGACAUCUUUGCCAUGCUGUUUCCCAAAUCUAAGGCAUGCGGCGCCGACAUUGACGACUAUGAGGACGAGAGCGAGUACGGCAACAUCGACGACUACGAAGAGGAGGAAGACGGGUCCUUGUUUGACAUGCUGUUGCCCAAGGACCAUGCCAUCAACGACGACAUUGAUACUGACAGUUCUGGCAUGGAAGAUAGUUGCUUGGAGUCUGAUGAGGAAGACGACAUUGCUGAUGUAGCAGAGAACGGCAACCAAGACAUCUUUGCCAUGCUGUUUCCCAAAUCUAAGGCAUGCGGCGCCGACAUGGACGACUAUGAGGACGAGAGCGAGUACAUCGACUAUGAGGAGGAAGACGAGUCCUUGUUUGACAUGCUGUUGCCCAGGGACCAUGCCAUCAACGACGACACUGAUACUGACAGUUCUGACAUGGAAGAUAGUUGCUUGGAGUCUGAUGAGGAAGACGACAUUGCUGAUGUCGCAGAGAACAUCAACAAAGACAUCUUUGCCAUGCUGUUUCCCAAAGAAAAGACAUGCGGCGCCAACAUGGACGACUAUGAGGACGAGAGCGAGUACUACAUCGACUAUGAGGAGGUGGUGGAGGAGGAAGACAAGUCCUUGUUUGACAUGCUGUUGCCCAGGGACUGUGCCAUCGACGACGACAUUGACAGUUCCGAUGGGGAAGACGAGGCUGCUACUGCUACUGCGACUGCGGCAUGUGGUCACAGCGCUGAGCCGAGCCACGGAAUCCGGCGGCCGGAGUUUGCUGCUCGCGCUGCUCGCGGCUACGACGACGUUGAUACUGAUUCUGACAUGGAAGAGGGCGACGGCAUCGAAAGGGGAUUUGCUUGGCAAAGUCAGACGGAGAGGCAAGCGUUCUGGGAGGACCUGUGGCGGGUGCUGGACGACCUGCGGCGGCAACUCGCGGCGGAGGCGUUCGAGUCGUCGGGGCAGCAGCAGCAGCAGCAGCGGAGCUACGACGACGUUGACGACACUUGCGACUUGCCCGGCACAGCGGCCCCGGCCCCGGCCCCGGGUGGUGAUCCGGCGGGGAGCUGCGCCUGCGCGCGGACGCCGGAAGCCCAGUUCACGGCGCGGGCGGAGCGGGGCACGGAGCGUGCGCUGGCGAUGGAGGAGGUGAGGCGACGGAAGGCCGCGCAGCAGGAGUUGGACCGCGCGCUGGCGAGAGAGGCGGCGGCGGCUGCCGAGGCGUUGGAGUCGGCGCUGGAGGACUGCGCCACCGCCGAGGAGCAGGCUACUGGCGACGUCACGCGGCCCGCCGUGGCGGAGCGUGAUGUCCCGGCCGACCUCACCUUCAUCGUCGGCGUUUAUGUGUGGGUGUUUCUUAUGGUUUUUUUCUUGUCUAUUGGGUUGUAA